CCGCCCGUGCGAAGUUUGACAUUUGGGCAAGAUCGUUCACGCAUUUGGCCAAGAAAAUGUAUCCAGGACAAUACGGCAGUCGACCGUCGCAACCACCGCAGGGCUAUCCUUACCCGCAAAUUUCUCAACCGCCGCAAGGGUCAUACCCUCAAUAUUCGCAACCACCUCAAGGCUAUCCGCCUCAACCACCGCAAGGUUAUCCUUAUCCAUCUUCUUCGCAGCCCUUCUAUCGACCUCCUGGUCACCAGCCGUACUAUCAACCACAGCAGCAAUAUGGCCCGCCGUCGUCUUAUCCACCGCCAGCCCUCCCGCCACGGAAUACUGAGGAUCUACCACCGUACACCCCUCCUGGAACUCCCAGCUCGAAUGCUCCAGCUCCUGGAAUGAAUGGCGCACCCAUCCCAAACUAUCCUCCCCCGUCAAUGCCGCCUCCACCAGCCGGACCCUACGAGUCGGUGGUGCAACACCGACCUCCACAGCCUCCCCCCCAAUGGCCUCAACAGCAAGUAAACUGGGCUCAACCGCCGCAGCAAUAUUUUCAGCAAACUGCGGGGUACCUCUCCAGUUGCACGGGAAACAAAAAAGCGCUACUGGUGGGAGUAAAUUACUUUGGAACCAGGAGCGAAUUGAAAGGCUGCAUUAAUGAUGUCCGGAACAUGAAGAACUUUCUGAUCACAAAAUUUGGGUUCAGAGAUACACCCGAGACAAUGCUCACCUUGACAGAUGACCAACGCAAUUGGCAUCUGCGCCCUACCCGGCAGAAUAUACUCCAGGCUAUGCAAUGGUUGGUUCGAGGCUCUAAGGCUGGGGAUUCAUUGUUCUUCCAUUUUAGCGGUCAUGGAUCUCAAACUCAAGAUCUGGAUGGUGAUGAAUCAGACGGAGUGGAUGAGACCAUUUGCCCAGAAGACUAUGCCAAAGCAGGCAUGAUCGUCGAUGAUGAAAUGAAUAUGAUUUUAGUGAGGGCUUUGCCACCUGGUGUCCGUCUGACGGCCCUGUUCGACUGUUGUCACAGUGGUUCCGCGCUUGACUUGCCUUUUAUAUACUUACCGGAUGGACGUCUGAAGGAAAAGACUGCAGCAUCGAGGUUAGGUGGGGUGGCGAUGGAUGUUGGACAGGGGCUGCUCAAGGGUGGCAUAAUCGGUGCCGGAAUGAGCUUGUUCAAAGCAGCAAGCACCUUGACAAAUUCGGGCCCAUCGCGAGAACAACGGGAGCAGACGAAAGGGAACCAAUUUGCGGAUGUGGUCAUGUUCAGUGGUUGCAAAGAUCGACAAACGAGUGCUGAUGCACACAUUGAAGGUGCUGACACAGGAGCCAUGACAUAUGGCUUCACAACUGCUCUAUCGCAGUAUCACUCACCCACGUAUGGGCAACUGCUACAAGAGAUCCGAACGAUCCUCCAAAAUAGGUUUACUCAGAAGCCGCAGUUGAGUAGCGCUAGAUAUAUGGACAUGAAUCAAAUAUUUAUCAUGUAGGAAUGUUCUGCUUCUCGGAGGAGAAUACUCCCGUGAGUCUGACCUAUUACCGGAGAAUGCUGCGCUUUUUGGAAUUUCUGUAACGACUGACGUAUGGUGGAUGAUGCAAAUACUAUAUUCAUACAUGCAUGGCUCACUCCUGUAUCUAA